CCACAAUCUAAGAUUGAUUUGGCUGUUCACCAUUCUCCCUGUUGUCACAGUAUCCAUUGGUACAUUGUUGCCUGCCUCAAGGUAGUGGAGAAAAGUUUGUAUGUGGGUGAUGUAGAAUUGGUGGUUAAAUUUCAUGUUGAAAGUUGUAGCUUAAAAAGAUCUGAUGUAAAAGAGCAUAGCAUUUUUCACAACUGCUUUAAGAUUAUAUUAAGUUGGUCGCUACAAACAAAAGUCACCAUGAAACUUUUAAAAUAAUAUUUUCCUUUGUAAUAUAAACAGGGAUAGGUGGGGAGAUACCCAAGUUUGAGACACUAGCAUUCCCACUAAGACAACUGCCAUUCAAAGGGUCGACCAAGUUGAGUGAAAAGAGUUAGAGGAGUGAAAUGAUAAACCAUUGGUAAUUCACUCUUAGCUUUUUAAUAGACCAAAGAAUCUGAUAAGAUUGCAGACCUGACUGGACAUAUACAUUUUUCAUCUCAUUCCUCGAUAUCAAAAACGUUGUAAAGCAACUGGUAUUUGAUGCGGGUGAAGUGUUUGGGAUUAUGCAGUUUGAAAAUGAGAGUGAUGAAGAUGCUGAAGAGGAACAGAUAACACACAAUCCUGGCACACCACCUGUUUACAAAGUCAUUAUCACCAAAGAAGAUGGCCUGCAGGCUGCAGAUGCUAAUAGCAUUUUCUUAAUUGAUCAUGCCUGGACAUACCGAGUGGAUCAAGCUCGCCAGCAGUUAUGGGAGAUUCCUGGCUUACUCCACAGGAUGGCCAACCUCACUGGUAUCGAAUUCCACGGAGAGGUUCCUGAUGAUGAUAUAAUUGAUGAGGUGAUGGCAGAGAUGUGGAGGUUCAGCCACACAUACCAGCUGACUCAGGGGUCUGCUGAAGAACAAGUGCCAAUUUGGUACGUUAUGGAUGAGUUUGGAUCUCAAAUCCAACACUCAGAUGAACCAACUUUUCGGACUGUGCCAUUCUUUUAUGGACCAGGACAGACCGCCUUCAAUUUGUUAUGGCCAUUGAGAGAUCUCGAACAUGGUGAAGAGGUAACAUGGGAUCAUGCCCAUGGCGAGCAAAAUCCACUCAUCAGAAAAUGUAGGCUGUUGCCUUGGGAGCCAGCAGAUUUGAGGGAUGUUAACGCAAGUGUCUGUGAACCUCCGGAGGCAUAUUACAAAACUGUUUUCACGGACAAUAAAGAAGUUUUGCCACUUCCAACAGAGCCAUCAGUUUAUGAGAAAGAUAAAAUUUUCAAGGUGUACACAGAAUUAAAGCAAGUAUUGGACAAUUUAAAUUCCCCACGCUUUGUGUUCACAGAAAAUGAAAAUGAAGCCGAUGUGCUUUACUUGUACCGCCACUUCAAAGACUACAGGACUUUGAGUGAGCAGAGGCCCCACGUUAUAGUGAAUCAGUUUCCUUGUGAAAACCUGGUGACAGUGAAGGAUUGCUUGGCUGCUGUGUCGAGGCGCGCUGGAGGAGUGAAUGGCCCAAAGUGGCUACCCCUUACCUAUAACCUUUGCACAGAAUUGCCUCAGUUUAUUAGCUGCUAUCAACAACGCAAAGACAGGGGAGAGGACAACCACUGGAUUUGCAAGCCUUGGAAUCUUGCUCGAGGUCUAGACACACACAUUACUAACAACCUCACCUACAUCAUUCGUCAAAGAGAAGGUACACCAAAGGUGGUAUGCAAGUACAUUGAGAAUCCCGUGCUGUUUGGUAGAGAAGAUGUAGAAGGAUUGGUUAAGUUUGACAUUCGAUACGUUGUCCUACUUCGUUCAGUCCAGCCAUUACAGCUGUAUGCGUACAAUGUGUUCUGGCUUCGCUUUUCCAACAGGCCUUUCUCACUGCAUCAUUUUGAUGAUUAUCAAAAGCACUUUACUGUGAUGAACUAUGUUGAUGAAACACAACUUAAGCAGGUACACUACAAUGAAUUUAUUCUGAUGUUUGAGAAGCAAUAUUCCAACUGUUCCUGGAAGAAAACAGAGGAAGAAAUACAUAAAUCAUUUGUUGAACUGUUUCGAAUGGCUACAGCCAAAGAUGCUCCUUUUGGUAUCUGCAAUUAUCCAUCAUCCCGGGCAAUAUAUGCUAUUGAUCUCAUGUUGAAAUGGGACACAGACAGUGAUGGAAAACCAAUCAUGCAGCCUCAAAUUUUAGAGGUGAAUUUUAGCCCUGACUGUGCCAGAGCCUGCAAAUAUCACCCCAGCUUCUUCAAUGAUAUUUUCAAUGUACUAAUCCUGGAUGAUGUGGAUAGAUGCCCUGUCACUCGUUUGAUCUAAUGCCAAGGAGUCUCAUCUGUAUAAACAUCUGGAUUAUUUGCAAAGGUUGUUGCAAAUCUUGCAGGUGGAGGAAGAUGGUCAAAUCACUGAGAAAAUUUUGAAUAUCUUGAGACAGUAGCAGACAGAACUGUGAGCAAUUAAAAAAAAUCGGAAUGA